UUUUAGCACUGAUUUUUAUAUGUUGAUCGAUGUGUUGCUUACCAAUGACAAAGUGCGCAUGCGGGAUUCGUCGGUCGUAGAACGGAAACUUAACCAGAUUAUCAAUGCAGAAAAGGAUAAACUUCUGGUAGUCUCGGAUUUUGAUUAUACGCUAUCACGUUUCCACGACGCUGAAGGUAAAAGUUGUUUGACAACACAUGGCGUUUUUGAUAGUGUUGCAUGGACGGUGUCACAGGAGCUUGGUAUGGUUCUCGAAAGUCUGAAAGCAAAGUACCUCCCGAUUGAGUUUGACCCACAUAUAACAGUCGCUGAAAAAAAUUCCACAUAUGGAAGAUUGGUGGAGAACCUCUCACGAACACAUCAUUAAGACUGGUUUUACGAAGAAAAUGAUCCAAAAAUUUGUUUCCGAAGCGAAGCUUGAAUUAAAGGAGGAAGCAGAGGAAUUGAUGUUAAUGCUGCGCGACCGUAAUGUACCUCUGAUUAUUUUUUCUGCUGGCAUAGGCAAUGUGAUUGAUUUUUUUUUGCAAAAAAAACUUGGCGGCUUUCCAAGUAAUAUACACAUUGUUUCGAACAUGAUGAAAUAUGAUGAAAACGAUGUAGCAGUUGCAUUUAGUGAACCUCUUAUUCACACAUUUUGUAAGAAUAGUGCUGUUAUUAGUCGUUAUGGGUCGCUAUUCAGUGAAAUUUCAUCACGAACGUGUGUUUUAUUGAUGGGCGACUCUCUAGGAGAUUCGAAAAUGGACGUAGGUCUAGAAUGUGAACAAGUUGCAUUGAAAAUAGGUUUUCUGAAUUACAAUGACGAAACAUUACUGGCUAAAUAUUUGGAUGGAUAUGAUAUCGUUUUAUUAGAUGAUCAGACUAUGCGUGUGCCUCGUUUGAUUCUCAAUUCUAUAUUCGAAACAGAUAGAGAUGGAAAGAAUCUAUCAGCUUGUAUAAAUUGUCGUUUGGAAUCGAAAAGCAAAUCACGUAUCGUAACAGAGGAGAAUUCCGUUGCUCUCGAUAACAAAAUUCCUGAUUUACGAUGAAUCUCAAAUUGCCGAGCUUUUAUUACUUCCAUAUCAACUUACUGGUAUUUAGAGAGAAAUUUCUCCGUUAUCCUACCGAAUGAUUUUCAGCUGGUAUUAUAUUGUAUAGUGAUUUCAUAGUUUUGUAUUUUAUUGAUUAGAAUAAUUUGCUUAUUCAUUACUGGCUUGCAUUUACAUAACUUAUCGCUUUAUCCGAUCUGUUUUUUUCAUUAGUAUGUGGUAGUAUUUGACAUUGCCCUCGAUAACACUCAGAUUUUUGCAAUAGGUAGUCAUGUGUUUAUAAUUAUGAAUUUCUGGCUUUAUCUCAACGUUAUACAUCGUGUUUCUGCAG